UUCACUCUGCUGCUCGCCAUCACAUUCUCGACGGAGUUUGACACGAGUGCACGUCCCGAGAGGUAAAAGUAGCUGAGAAAAGGAUGUUUUCCGCGAUAAAUAGCGCGGUGCGCGUCGCCACCAAGCGCGAAACUGGCAAAUUCAUCUCCGGACUCGUGCAGUUCAAUCGCCAGUAUGCGGCCAAGACGGCUGCCAAGGCUGGCACCACAAACGGACGCGUGGUGGCCGUAAUUGGUGCCGUGGUGGACGUGCAGUUCGACGAGAACCUGCCCCCCAUCCUCAACGCCCUUGAGGUGGAGGGACGCAAGCCCAGGCUGGUGCUGGAGGUGGCGCAGCACUUGGGAGAGAACACCGUGCGCACCAUCGCCAUGGACGGCACGGAAGGUCUGGUGCGUGGCCACAAAGUGCUGGACACCGGCUCCCCCAUCAAGAUCCCCGUGGGCGCCGAGACCCUGGGCCGCAUCAUCAACGUCAUUGGCGAGCCCAUCGACGAGCGCGGUCCCAUCGACACCACCAAGUUCGCGCCCAUUCACGCCGAGGCUCCCGAGUUCGUGGAGAUGAGCGUGGAGCAAGAGAUCCUGGUGACGGGCAUCAAGGUGGUGGAUCUGCUCGCCCCGUACGCCAAGGGAGGCAAGAUUGGCCUGUUCGGCGGCGCCGGUGUGGGCAAAACUGUGCUCAUCAUGGAGCUGAUCAACAACGUGGCCAAGGCUCACGGUGGUUACUCCGUGUUCGCCGGCGUGGGCGAGAGGACGCGCGAGGGCAACGAUCUCUACAACGAGAUGAUCGAAUCCGGUGUGAUUUCCCUCAAGGACAAGACAUCCAAGGUGGCUCUUGUGUACGGUCAGAUGAACGAGCCCCCAGGCGCUCGUGCCCGUGUCGCUCUGACAGGACUCACUGUAGCCGAAUACUUCCGUGACCAGGAGGGUCAGGACGUGCUGUUGUUCAUUGACAACAUUUUCCGUUUCACUCAAGCCGGUUCCGAGGUGUCCGCUCUGCUGGGUCGUAUCCCAUCUGCCGUGGGCUACCAACCAACCCUGGCCACUGACAUGGGUAGCAUGCAGGAGCGCAUCACCACCACCAAGAAGGGCUCCAUCACGUCCGUGCAGGCCAUCUACGUGCCCGCUGACGACUUGACUGAUCCCGCUCCGGCCACCACCUUCGCUCACUUGGACGCCACCACUGUGCUGUCGCGAGCCAUCGCCGAGCUGGGCAUCUACCCGGCCGUGGAUCCCCUGGACAGCACCAGCCGUAUCAUGGAUCCCAACAUCAUUGGCCUGGAGCACUACAACAUCGCUCGUGGCGUACAGAAGAUCCUGCAGGACUACAAAUCGCUGCAGGACAUCAUCGCCAUCCUGGGUAUGGAUGAGUUGAGUGAGGAGGACAAGCUGACUGUGGCGCGCGCUAGGAAGAUUCAGCGCUUCCUGUCGCAGCCCUUCCAGGUGGCCGAAGUGUUCACUGGCCACGCCGGCAAGCUGGUGCCCCUCGAGGAGACCAUCAAGGGCUUCAGCAAGAUCCUGGGCGGCGAUUACGAUCACCUGCCCGAGGUGGCCUUCUACAUGGUGGGCCCCAUUGAGGAGGUUGUGGCCAAGGCGGAGCGCCUCGCCAAGGAGGCCGCCUAAGGAGGACACGGCACGACGACCCGGCCACACUCUGACGCCUCCCACGGAGUCUGACCCCGUCGCCGCACAGCCUAUAGUCCCGGAAUGUCACUUUUUAUUUCGAUAAUAUUCUCAAUAAAGUAGUUUACUGGAACCA